AUGGUGCUCGGAGAAGGUUCUGCCAAAGAACAACAAGGACCCAGAAGUCACAAAGUGGUAGACCCCACUCUCAACGACCGAAAAGAAGAUGAUAUCCAAAUCCAAGUACAAGCCAUCGAAGCAAGAAAUCUUGUAGGAAGUCUUCUCAGAAAACCAAAUCCCUAUCUCGGUGUCUAUGUUCUCAAAGAAUCAUUUCCACGGAUCACUACGGAACCUCAAAAGAAAACAACAUCUCCUAAAUGGAAUCAAAUAUUGGAUGUGUAUUGUAGAAAUUGGAAAAAGGUAAAACAACCGAUGAGUAUUCGAUGUGAAUUGUAUGAUUGGAAUAAGAGUGAGGAUCAUGAUCAUGAAUUUCUUGGAGAAAUUUCAAUUCGAUUUAGUGAUUAUGCUGCUUUGAAGGAAACGACUGGAAAGUGGGUGGAAUUGUGGCUUCCUCUCCAAAAAAGAACUUCCAAAGAUAAGGUUUCUGGUGAUUUACAUAUUGGAAUUCGUUGUAUUGAUCUCGAAGAAAAAGCUCUUAAAAAAGCACGUAAACAACAAGCUCUUUUAGGUCAAAACGAACAACCACAACCUGUAAUUAACACUCCUUCGAGUAUUGAUCCAACAUUGGAGAGUCUUUCACAACAUCCAACCAAAGUUCCAAGUCUUCCAAUUAAUCCUUCUGAGGAAGCUCCAACUGAUCCUGAUAUUGAAGAUGUUGUUAUUGAAGGUCGUGGUGUGAGAGAUGGUCUUCGAAGUAAUCAAGUUGGACCUAUUCAUUUCACAGCGAAAAAUAAGCAAGGAAAAACAGUUCGUGUGAAACCUGAAGAUAUUGAGUGCAUAGCCACUGGACCAAAUGGAAAACAACAAAAAGUAAAAGCAGGAAAAGUAAAUACCGAUACAGAAGGAGAGAAGGAUCCAUUGGGCGUCGAAUUGGAGUUUAUUCCAGAGGAUGGUCCAGGAAAUUAUCUCAUUGAAUUUAAGGUGAAGGGAACUCCAUCCAAGUAUGGACCUCGACAAGUGACAGUUCAUCCAUUACCAUUGUCAAGAGAAGCCGUUGCCUUUGGUGAUUCAUUGUACGAUCCUGAACAAAAGAACAAACCAUACAAACCUAAUGUCGUGAAUAAGCCAGGCGAUUUCUAUGUUCAAGCCAAAGAUGAGAAUGGUUUGGAUAUUAUUGAAGGAGGUGAUGAAGUGAGUUGUGUGUUGGAAGAUGAAACCGUUUUGGAGAUUGGUCCAAUCAAGGACAAUAACAAUGGUACUUAUACAGUUCCUUUUGUUCCAAAGAAGUCAGGAAUUUUCCCUGUUAAAGUUCUAUUUAAUGGAGAACCAAUUAAUAACUCACCUGUUCAUUUAUUGGUGGAAUACGAGACAGAUCCAGCCAGAACCAUUGUAACAGAUCUCUCAACUACCGUUCAAUGUGACGCUCCACAAACAUUUUCACUCAUCACCUAUGACACCUCGGGAGAGAAGAGAAUUCGUGGUGGCGAUAAAAUUGAAAUGGUUCUCAAAGGAAAGAAGGGAGAAACAGUCACGACCUUUAUUGCAGAUAAUGAUACAGGAAAAUAUGACAUUACCUAUUUACCUACUGUUGCUGGACCAUACAAAGUGAAGGCAACAUUGAAUGGCGAACCUAUUUUGACAGAAAUUGAAAUUGAGGCUGUACCAAAUGUUUCACCAAGCAUGUGUACUAUAUUUGGAAAUGAAAUGAAUGGCGGAGAUCUGUACAGCCAUUAUGGAAUUCCUCUUAAAUUCAAAGUUCAAGCGAGAGAUCAACGAGGAGUCGCUGUGACCUGUGGAGGAGAAAAUAUUUUAGCGGAUGUGACCUACUUUAAGGAUUUGAGAUUGAGAAAUGGUUCUCAUAUCGCUCUUUUGAAUUCUAUUGUGACAGAUAAUUACGAUGGAACCUAUACCAUUGAGUUUACACCUCAAGAACCAGGUAUCUAUCGAUUUGAUUUAACGCUCCGUGAUGAAGCACUUCCAUUCUCACCUCAUUACAUGACCGUCUCAGAUGGUGUUCAUCCGGAUCAUACCAUUGCACAUGGCCCUGGCUUGAAAAAGGCCUUUGUAGAUACACCUGCUAUUUUCUAUGUCGAGGCAAGAGAUUCCAAUGAUAAUCGCGUUCAAGAUCCAAAUCUCACAUUUGAUAUUACACUCACUGACUCGAAUGGAGAUGAAAUCGAAGUGAAACCUCUUCCAUAUGAAGAAGGACUUUAUCCUUUCAUGUACACCCCUAAACAUGUUGGCUUGCAUCAUGUCAAUAUUGCACACAAAGGCAAACCAAUCAAAGAUUCUCCAUUCCAAGUUCCAGUCAAAGAAUCGAGUUAUGCUCCUGAUCCAUCCAAAUGUGAAGUUUCCAAAGUGGCAAAAACAGGUUUUGUACAUAAGCCCAUUAACUUUGAUGUUAAACUAAAAACUAAGGAUGGUAAGCCAGUAAGAAUUCCUGGUGCGACUGAUGUCACUGUAAAUGUAAAACCAGUAGGACCCAAUACGGAUAGAUAUCCACCACAAAAAGUUAGAGUCUCAGAGUCUCCAAAUGGUGUGUUUGAAUGUGAAUGGACACCACUAGUUCCUGGUGAAUAUGAUAUUGACGUCAAAGUGAAUCGAAUGCCAGUUAAAAAUUCACCUAUUCGAGGAGUUCGUAUUCUUCCACCUGGUCCUCAACUUGCAAAAAUUACCAACAGAUCUUUCCAAGUUCAAUUAUACGAUGAUAGCGGAAACAAGUAUACUGAUCUCGAUGAUGAAGAGCUUGAAUCGGUGAAGGUCCAAUUUGUGGAUACAGACACAGACGUUUUAACUGAAAAUAUCAAAGCAAAUGUUUCCUAUGCAAUUAUGGUUUAA